AUUAAUGAAUUGUUUAUUAACAAUCGUUUAAUAUUCAAUACCAAUCAUCAUCAUAAGGUUAGAAUUAGAGGGAAAAAAGAAUUUUUGAUGCACAACAAUUCUUAAGCAAACGCGCAGGGAAGUAAAUUAUUUAUUUAAAAAUUCUUUGUUUAUUUAAAAAUUAAGUUAAUAAUUAAGUAACAUUUAUUUAUUAAGUAGAAGGUAUUAUUAUUAUUAUUUUGAUUAAAUUAAAUAAUUUUGUCGUCGUACUAAAAGACAUACUUAUAUAGUUUGAAUUUCCCUGUUGAUAAACAUGGCCGACCGUUGUGCGCAUGCGCAGUAUUGUGUAGCACGGGUAGCACGUUACUCUGUGUAUUAUAUUUUGUUAAUUUUUUUUAAUGUUAUAUUUUCUGCAGUUUGUAUUACCAAAAGUCAGGAAGUAGUUACCAAUCACUACCAAACGACUACCAAACGGUUUCCAGUUUUUAUUUUACAAAAAAUUGUAUUUGCAGUGCUAUCGUGAAAUUAGCACGCCAAACUUAAAACUUAAAUAAAUCUUUCAAUUUUCGCUACCAAACAAAAAAAACUGACUACCAUACACUACCAUACGAUUACCAAACGAAUUCAAUUAAUUAAAUAUUAAUUUUCUCUAGUUGUUGUGCCAACUUCACGCCGCUAGUUUUGAUGGAUCACAGCACAAUGAUUGGAGAUAAUCUCAUAAUUCGACCGCGUGUCCGUCCAGCAUGAGUUCCAUUGUAUUUCGACAAAUGUCACACGCACGAACGAUGGAUCGGGUGCAGUUGCUUCCUAUGGAACUUCCAUCAGCCAAUAGUAUUAAUUCAUCUGGCAGUAAAGGAAAGGGUUCAUUCUUAAGACGACUAACCUUCGGAUUUAUAAUACUGGCCGUUUUAGGUCUUUUAUACGUUCCAGCAUAUCAUUCGGUCCAAAAUCCUCUAUUAGGUGAGACUCCAACUCCAUGGCUUCUAGGUGGUACGCACUUCGUAGCAUCAAUAGCUCAAUUACACGGAUGGGGAAUCAACUCAUCACGCGAUGUGGGAAUAUAUAUUUAUCCUGAAAAUAAAACAACACUUUUAAGUCCAUUAGAUCUUUGCUCACCUGCUCCAUUUUUACUUAUUGUUGUUUGUUCGGCUGUUUCUAAUGAAAAAGCAAGGUUAGCAAUUAGAGAAACGUGGGCUAAUAAAUAUCAUUUAGAGAUGACAUAUAAUUCUACAGUUAAAGUAGUAUUUAUUCUAGGACAAAGUGACAACGAGACUCUAAACAAUUCAGUGGCUGAGGAAAGCGAAAAGUACAAUGACAUUAUUCAAGAGAGAUUUCACGAUACGUACAAUAAUUUAACAUUGAAAUCUGUCGUUCUCUUAAAAUGGGUCACCAGUAAUUGCGAAACUUCGAAAUAUCUUAUGAAAACCGAUGACGAUAUGUUUAUCAAUAUUCCAAAACUUUUGGAAACAUUAAACGCCAGACCGAAGAGUAAUGGAACUCUUAUCGGUUGUUUGAUUUGUGGAGCUAAACCAAUAUCGGAUCCGAAAAAUAAAUGGUACAUGCCGAAAUAUAUGUACUCGGAGAAGGCGUAUCCAAAUUAUUUAUCAGGUACGGCAUACGUAAUGAGCCUGGAUGUUGCGGCGAGAAUUUAUAAGGAAGCAUUGAGAACGCCAAUUCUUCAUCUUGAAGAUGUUUACAUUACGGGAGUGUGUGCGAAACGGGCAAAAUUACGGCCUGUUAAUCAUCCUGGUUUUAGUUACGUUCAGAGAAAAUUAGAGACAUGUGAACUCAAACGUAUUAUCACAGCUCACAAAGUAAAUUCUGUCAAUAUGUACAACGUUUGGAGUAAAGUUACUGACUCAAAUAUCACCUGCAAUGCAACCAACAAUAGUUCCCAGGAGAAAAAGGUGACUGUAAUUAAAAGCAAAGAGCAUAUAAACUCCUUUAUCAUCAAAAAGAAAUUGAAUUACGUUUUCUAAGAAAGAAUUAAUACAAAAAAAAUUAAUAUGAAGAAGAAUGAAUAUAAAAACGAAUGAAUACAAAAUAAUAAAAUGGAAAAGGGAAAAAUCAAUACAAAGCAAAAGAAAAAAAAUUUGUUAGUCUUCGUUCCAGUGAAUAUAACGCAUAACGAAAAAGUGAAGGUGAUAUAGUUAAAAAAAAAUAAUAAUUAAGUAGAUUAGCAAAAUUAUCAUGUGAAAGUCUUAAGAAGACUCCUCGUUCCAGAGAAUUAUCCACGACUGGUGAUUUAAUUUCACGAAUCUUCGUAUUAUUUUAUUAUUAAUUUUUAAAAAUUCCAAAAUAAUUCGAAGAUUCCUGAUUAAAUUGAGAAUUUUCACUUUUUGAAUAAUAAUCUCUAACACUUGUUACCUACGCGACCAAAAUCAAAGUCAAUACUCUGUUUGGUCCGCGAAUUGUGAAUAGGUCUUUGUUUUUUAUAUCCAAGACCGAAAAAAUUGAUAGAGAAUUGUAUUUUUCCAUUUAGAUUUAUAAUAGUUGUAAAGAUUGUCAAUCAGAUCUCCCAAGUGUUGCUUUUUCAUUUAUCGAUUAAUAUAGGGGAAAGAAAAAAAUGAAUAAUUUCAUUUAUAUUAAAAAUAAUCGAUAAAAGUUUUUAUUAUUGCCGUAGUGCUGUGAUAUUUUUACAAUUUUUAAUUCAUUUAAACUAUAUGAAGGCAAAUAAGUGCUAUUUUACUCUGAUAUUAUUAUUUUACCGACUGGAAUUAUUUUCAAAGUAUAUGUAAAAAUCUUUAUGUUCAAAUAACGAAUCUCAAAAAAAAAUGAACAAACAAACUAUCGAUUGUGUGUGAGUGUGAGAAAUAAUUUAUCCUUAUAGUGGGUAAUAAUUGGCCUUUGAAAUUGACAACAGAGGCGUUUAUUAUGUAAUUAAAAAAAAAAGUAAUUCUUUAAAGCACGAAUUUUUUAUAAAUCUAAAUAAUGCGUAUAAAAGCUAUUGUAGAAUUUUAACAUAUUUUUAUAAAAAUUUAAAUAUUUAUCAUUUGUGACAUUCCAAUUAAAAUGAUUAUUGAAUGUCGAAUUUGUACUCGCAUGAAUGAAAUUGAGAAAUUUUUAAUUAUUGAAAAGUGAGAGGUGAAGAUUUUUUAGUCAAUGAGAAAAUGUAAAGUGUUUAAAGAAGAAUCUAAACUUUGACUUGAAAUGUCAGAAAAAGGUUGUGCAAUUUAAAAAUGAUGAAAUGUUAUAAGUGAUCUGAUUAUUAAUGUGCAAAGCGAAACGUUUAAUGAUCUUAUUAUUAUUAAUGCUAAAUUAAAAUUUGUUAAUGAUAUUUUAUUGUACAAAUAUGAAUUUUAUUUUUCUCUAUUUCGAGUUGUAAUCUCUAUAAUCGAGUCGUUGGAUCUUAAAACAAGGGAUAAAUUUUUUGUUCACAGUUAACUUUUCAAAAAUCAACUUAGAAAAUUUGUAAUUAUUUUUUUUUUUGGGAAAAUCAAUAUUUUUAUAUUUUUCUUUAGAAAUUUUUUCUGUUUUAAGAUCCAAUGACUGUGUAAAUAUUAUGUUGACAUUUAUUUGGUCACAAAAUGAAAAUAUUUUGUCAUGUUUAACAGACAAAAAUUUGUAAUUGUUAUUUAGAGUGAUUAAUUUAAGUAACUUUGAGUGAUUUUUUUUUUUGAGGGGGAAAUUUUUCACAAUUGAAAAAUAGAGUGUUUCGCCUUAUAUUGAGGGAAUUUAGCCCCAGGUCAAAAUAAUUGCGUCCUUAUUGUUAAAAGAAUAAAACGUCGUUCAUCAACGAAAUAGUGUCGAUAUUCAAAAGAAUAUUUUAUUUAAAAUUUUAUUUUUUGUUUCUAUUUUUAUUCUCAUGAAUUUAUUAUUAUUAUUAUUAUUCUCAAAAUGUAAAAAAAAAAUUGUAAUAUUUUAAUUUCACUAUUUAGUAAUAAUUAGUAUUAUUAAAAUAUCCGAAUAUUUUUCAAAGUAGAAUUAAAAUCAAGUUUCGAACUUUUAAAUGAAGGGAAUAUUUUUUUCAAAAAUUGUACUCAAGUGGAAAAUAAAUAUUUUUUUAGUUAAAAAUUAGAAAGAACACAAAAUAAUUUUGUUUAAUAAAAUAUAAAUGAAAAAAAAAAAUAAAAGAAAAUUUUCAUUCGUUUGAAAGUUCGAAACUUUAGAUUUUAGAAACAAAAUAACUGCAGAAUUGAGAAGAUAUAUUUAUUAAUUUACGUUUGUUCCUAUCGACUCUUUAAUAAGAGAUACAUUGCGAAUGUGUGUGCGUCUUAAAAAAAAUGCAUUUCUUCAAAUGUCAAUGCGAAUGAAAUAGAAAAAAGAUUUAUUUUUAGAGUGUGUAUUUUAUGAAAUAAUUAUUAUCAUGAAAUAGAGUGACGUUUGAGAUAUCAAGCAGACACAAUAUUGAAAAUCAUACAAGACUAAAUUAAUAGGAUAGGUAAAUGUAAUUUUUAAAUAGUACGAGAAUUUAUCAACAUUUUCGACUCUAUAAAAAUUGUAUAAAAAGAACAAAAACAAAACAAAUGUGUGUGAAGUUUUUAGAACAAUGAGAGCUUUUUUUAAACCGCAAAAUGCUUUAAAAUUAUUGCUUAUAAUAUGAGAAUAAUGAAUCCUGGCUAAAGUAAAAAAACAUUCAGUUUCUGCAAUUAUAGGUAUACAUAUGUAUAAGAAUUUAAACAGAGAAUAUCAAAACUA